UCGAUUUUAGGGUUUUUAGGGUUAGGGUUUUCCAUAUCUUUUAGGUAGUCGCCGAAAAUUCUUCCCCUUCACAACCCUAUCAUUGAAUCCAUGGAUCCUGCUACCAAGAAGAGGAAGGCCGACGAGAAUGGCGACGCUGCUUUAGGUUCGAAGUUAACAUCAGAGGACACUCGCAAGAUUAUCGAACCCUUCACUCAAGAGCAAUUUCUCGAUAUCCUACAAGAUGCCGCCGCCUGUCACUUAGACGUUCUCGAUGCCAUCCGUGCCAUUGCCGAUCGCGAUCCAGCGCAGCGCAAGCUGUUCAUCCGCGGUCUCGGUUGGGACACAACCACCGAAGGCCUGCGCACUCUGUUCUCACAAUACGGUGAUCUUGAAGAAGCCGUGGUCAUCCUCGACAAGGCUACAGGGAAGAGCAAAGGUUAUGGCUUUGUCACUUUCAAGCACAUCGACGGUGCUAUGCUCGCCUUGAAGGAGCCCAGUAAGAAGAUCGACGGUCGGAUGACUGUCACUCAGCUCGCCGCCCCAGGGACUUCGGGCCCCACUGCAAAUCAGCCACCGGCGGUUGAUGUGUCAAUGCGUAAGAUUUAUGUUGGGAAUGUUCCUCCAGAUAUGCCUGCGGAUCGCUUGCUUGCUCACUUCUCGUCUUAUGGUGAGAUAGAGGAGGGACCAUUAGGGUUCGAUAAGCAGACCGGAAAGUCAAGAGGGUUUGCCUUAUUCGUCUACAAAACUGCUGAGGCCGCAAAGGCUUCUCUUGUUGAUGCCACCAAGAACAUUGAUGGGCAUCAGUUGCUCUGCAAAUUGGCGAUUGAAGGAAAGAAGGCGAAGCCUGGCCAACCUGGAGUAGCUGUUGCAGGAGUUCAACCCCCCACUGGUGUCCCCGGAGAAAUUGCCGGCGAUGGACUUGGCUUGCCACCACCGUCUUCCAUGCCGAGCACUCUUUCUUCUCAUUACGGUGGUCAUCCUUCUGGGUUGUCUGCCUAUGGCGGUUUCUCCGGUGCUCAUCAGGGCCAACCACCAUUGGGUGGCCAUCACCACCAUAAUCUGAACUCGCCAUUGCAGUCGUCUAUUGGUGCUCCUGGCCUGUCUGUUGGGACUCAGGUUCCAUCUUCGUUAGGUGCCACAGGUGGCUAUGGUGCAGGCUUGAGUGGUGGUCCAUACGGCGCUUCACAGUAUGGUGGACCUACUUCCGGUGGUUAUGGUGGUUUGGGUGGUAGCGGAUCGUCUUUAUAUCGUUUGCCGCCAACUUCGGUUGGAAUGCCUUCUGGGAAUUAUCCAGACAGUGGGCACUAUGGUUUGACAUCUGCGUAUCCAAGCCAGCAUAACCUGCCUACAGGGACAUCGCCGGUGCCUAGGGUACCACCUGGUGGGUUGUAUCAGAGCAUGCCUCCUUAUUACUGAGGUAUUUGACAGCUUCUUGGGCGCACAUGCUUUAAAUGGUUAUUGGUGAAUGCAGACAAAUGUAAACUCUGGUUUGAUGAAAUGGUUGGCUGUACUGUUGUCGCCGCUUCUCCUCUUCUGUGCCCCUUUAAGAUGUGGUUUGUUUUUCUGUGGCUGGUAGUCAAUGUUGACAGAGCUAGGUUAGUUUUAGUAUUCAGAAAAUUCUCUACCUAGUGUAGGAGCCAUAUGCUACAUUGCUUUUAAUGUAUUUGAACAGAAAAAGGCUUCUCGGUUCCUUUUGAUGGAUAAAAAUAUUAUUUACAUAAUUUUCUUCA